CUCCACUUCAUGCUUUUUGCUUUCUUCCUGCAGGAACACGGCGGAGAUAUUCACUGAACUUUCUUAUCAAGCAAGUUUGGAUUUUAUACAAUUUCUCCGUCCUUUGUGCUUGUGAAGUGACUCUGUGUUACUGUGUCUUGUUGUCAAGUCGGUGUAUCCCGAGGGUUUCUUGCCUUAACACGUUUCAGAAAUUAAAUUCAGCUUGAAGUUUUCAUGCAAUCCAACGCAACCUAGUGUGAAGUUGCCUCAAAAUCAUAAUGUUUUUUAAGUAGUUUUCAGUCCUUUGAAUUUUGUAACCUGGUGUUUGGCUUCAAUAUUCUGAAAAGGCUAAGUUUUUUUUUACUCUGCUCCAAUCUUAUGCUUUGAUGACGACAGCAUUAUCACAGUGGUUUUUUUCUCAUCAACGUUAUCACUAAAUUAUGUCGGAUUCCGCUCAGUCAAACCUCAAUUCUUUCUUUGCCCAGACAGUUGCAGAGGUAUUCGGUUUUACCACAUCUAAAAGCAAUGCUUGUAUUCAAACUGAACAUAUUGGGUCCCUUGUUUAUAUCGAACCCUCAGAUAGCGUCGCAGAAGCAGGUAUAUCGGAUGCAGCCAUCCUAGAACAAGUUUUGUUUGAAAGACUUCUACUGGAUAAUCCAAGUGGCAGUCUCAUUUGUUGCAAUCCAAAUCGUAAUGGGAUCAAUGAUGGUCACUUCGUGGACAAAGAGUGCCUGUCCUACCUAUUCGAAUGCUACAGAAGACUAUUCGGCCGCAGGAAUGGCACCUCAUCGGAAAAAAAGAAUCAGAGCAUCGCAGAAAUGAUUGGACUAGUUUUGCGGAAUGUAACAACAGCGUUAAAACAGCCAGAUUUAUAUGAGUCACAAAAUUUGCCCAAACAGAUCAUUAAUUUCUUCGUGGCAAACAAUGCGACUGAUCAAGAGCUUAGUUCAUUUUUCCUCGACGUUGCUAAGGAAUUUCUUCAAGAAGCGGAUGGGAUGGCUGUCAUGUUGACUGCGUUCACACCAACUCUCAACGCUGUACAUGAAGAUUUCAAGAUAGCCUCUGUCUUGAUCUUACCUCUCUCACACUUUUAUUUACUGCAAGUUUUUGCCUCGAAUCCUCAUCUUGCUCAAGUGAUAAUUGACCAUAGCACUCCUUCAAAUGCAGCUGUUGGAAAAACGUUCCAAGACACCCUUCUAGGUUCAAUAUUAAGUAUAUCAUGUUUACCUCGCUCGGUAGGAGAAUCUCAUGAGUUCUUUGACAGACCAAUGGAGCAGGUGUCGGAGUCGGUGGAAGGGAACAUUUGGUCAGGCCUGAAGAAUCUGCACAACCAUUUACAUUCCUUAUUCCAUACAUUGCUGAAAGCUUCGGCAAACGUCAGGCACAUCACUCUUCGGUGGCUAGGCACAUGUUUGGACUCCAAUGCAGCACGAGGUAAUUUAUGGAACACCGCAUCUGACCCUUUCGCUGCAUUGACAGGGUCCCUUUCGAUUGUUGGCGAUGGAUUUGCGAUGAACCUUAGCGCCCUCUUAUUGAAACUCUCGGAACCCUUCAUUAGGAAUGUGAAAGAUCCUAAACUUUUCAAAAUUGAUCCAACAUAUUGUGCUGUGAAGAUAACAACGGAUGAGGGUAGUCAGUCGAAAGGCGUACAUCUAAGAAAAUUGUGCACCGAAACUUGCCUACUCCCAGCGGAGGAGAAUACUGAAAGGCCAAUCUCUGAACAGCCAUUUUCAUUUAUAACUGAAUGUUUUUUCAUGACUCACCGAGCGAUAGACCUUAGUUUUCGAGUAGUGUUAGAUAAAUUAAUUCGAGUCAAUCAGGACCUAGCACGCAUGCAAUCUGCCUUCUUAGAUGCUCAGCAGCAAGUUGGUGGAACGAACAAUGAUGUCAUGAGAGUGGUCCACGAGCAAAUGGAAGUUGAUAUGAAAAAAUUUUUAUCAAUGAAAGCUGUACUGUUAGAGCCAACCUAUCUCAGUUUAGUUGGCAAGUUUUUCCUUGCAACGGCUGUUUGGUUAGUUCAAGUAGCUGUCAACACUGAAAUCCCGCCCUAUGCGCCUUUAAAAAUGCGACCUGUAGUUAUCUCUCAACUGAGACAAAGUGAAUCCUCUUCUAGAUUAGUUACUUUGACGUGCAUUCCAGAAUUCUUAUUAGAAAACCUGUGGAGUUAUUUGAUGCUAGUUCGCCGCUGGAACCCUAGAGCUCUUGAAGAAGAAGGAUUAGAACUCUUAGAGCCAUUAUUAACUUUAAUCUUAGUUUUUAUGGGUUCAAAUAACUUUGUUAGAAAUCCUCAUCUACGAGCUAAGCUAGCAGAAUGUUUAGAGCAUCUGAUCCCGAACAGGGACGAAGAAGCGCCUGCCAUCAACCCUAAUCCCCUAGGUUUUUUCUACCGUGAAAAGUUAUUCCAAGAACAUCCAUUUCGCGCUGAAAUUGUCCCAGCAUUGUUGGACGUGUUUGUAGGCAUUGAAAUGACUGGGCAGAGUGUUCAAUUCGAGCAGAAAUUCAACUACCGCCGGCCUAUGUACACCGUGAUGAACUACCUUUGGACUUUGCCAGAGCAAAGGGAAUCCUUCCGCAAUCUAGCCAUCGAAGCUGAGUCUAAUAUCGAAGCAGUCAAUCCGCCUCUGUUUCUACGGUUCAUUAACCUGCUGAUGAAUGAUGCUGUUUACUUGUUGGAUGAGGCUUUGUCAAACAUGGCCCAGCUGAAGCAGCUCCAAAACAAGAAGGAGAGUGGGGAGUGGCAGGCACUACCGCAGCGAGAACGAGAGCAAAACGAAGCAAACUUUCAACAUAUCGGCAUGAUCGCCAGGUUCGACUGCAUUCUUGGCCGAGAAACCAUUCACACAUUAGAGUAUUUGUCGUCAGAAAUUCAAAUGAUAUUUGUCCAUUCUACUAUGGUAGAUCGAGUUGCAGCUAUGUUGAAUUAUUUCCUUUUUCAUUUAGUCGGACCAAAGAAAAAGAACUUCAAGGUGAGGGAUAUGAAAGAGUACAAAUUUGAUCCAGCGAAUCUUGUCCUGAAUAUCUGCAAAAUUUACGUACAUCUGGGGAAGAACGAUUCUUUCUGUGCUGCUGUGUCUCGUGAUGGUCGCUCUUAUAGUCCUCAGUUGUUUUCACUGGCAGAGCAAGUCUUGUCUCGAAUUGGAGGAGGUGCCUUAAUUGCUGAUUUGCAAACUGUCGCAAAGCGAGUAGCUCUACUGGAAAGUCAACAGAAAACAGAUGAAAUUCUUCUUGCCGAAGCUCCAGACGAAUUCUUGGAUCCCAUAAUGUCUACUCUAAUGACAGACCCAGUCAUCUUACCAUCCUCUCGAACAACAGUAGAUAGGACGACAAUCGCGCGGCACCUUUUGAGUGACCAGUCAGAUCCUUUCAACCGUGAACCUCUGACCAUGGACAUGGUGAAAUCAAAUACCGAACUGAAAGCAAGUAUCGAAAAAUGGAUCGAAGAAAAGCGGAGAGAACAGGCAGCAACAUCAUCGAGUGACCAAUCGUAAAGGACCUGUUCGGUCUCACAUCUUUAAAGUUUCCCCUCAGGAACUACCCCCAAAAAAGUUAAGUUUCCAUUCACUUAUCAUCUCACCUUCAACAUGACAUUUCAAUGGAUGUUGACUAGUUACUGGACCGUCCAAAACUUUAAUUACAAAAAGUUUAUGCAUGCAACUCGUGAGAAAACUCAGUCAUUAGAGAAUUCUCUCGUCAUGGUAUGGUUAUUUCAGCCAUUCUUUACAAGAGGAAGUGGUUAUUUCAGAGUUGUAUGAAAUUGAAAAGAUGGUAUCGAAGAAGAAAUUAUGAGUCAUUGAAUGUAAGUUAGAUUUUUCCAACUUCACCGUGAGACGGGACUGUCCUUUUCCUUUUCUUGAACCUUUUUCCACUUUUUCACUCGUUUAUUGUUCUCAUUCUACUUUCUUUUAGAAUUUACCUCUUAAAUUCUGUAUUAUUUCCCUUAUUUUUCAACUCUUACUGAUAUCAAUCUUUGUUUUUUGUGUUAAUUAUUUUUCUCUUUGUCGGAAAUUUCACUUCUCUUAUUGGGCAUGUAGGAGGCCACUUGUAGACAUUGUCAUUAAAAGUGUUCAAUUUUUGUUCUAUCGGUUGACUCAAAUUGCUGAUAGACUUUCUUCCAACUUUCUCCUCAUGACGAGGAAAAAAAAUAAUGACGUAGGUUUCAAACUGUUUUAUUAAGAGCCUUUAACUAUUUCUGAUAUCACUAAAAAAUCUCAGCUUGUAUUUUAAAUAUGUUCUGAAUUGAAUUUGUUUAAAGAAUGUUGUGCACCAAAAAAAUAUGUCUCCAUCCAAUAAUGUAAUCUCAGGAGUUGACCAUAGUUUUUUUCAAGUUUUCAAAACUUGAUUAGCUUUGCCUAACCAAAGAAUCUAUUCUCUCCCCUUGCUUCCCCUCAUGACUGUGCGAAUUUUAGAUCAUAAUUUUUUUCAAAAGUCUAUUUCAUCUUGCAUCUGGGCUGAGAGAUUUUUGGUAAAAAAUGGCUGAAUAAUGUUAUGAUGAAACUUUGAUCAUCCAGCAUUUGGUAGGAUAUAAAUCUAUUUAAUCAAAAAAACAGCAAAUAAUCGAAAUCGCAAAACAUGUAUGUCAUUCACCGUUUGUUUUUAGUAUUAUCUUUACUUACUAAUGCCACCGUGAGAGCUUUAGAAUUGUCAACCUCUUUAUUUGUUCCUCCUACAAUCACGAGAAGAGUAUUCAAGAAAACCCUCUCUUUUGUUCGGAAAAUUGUAUAAAUCUUGUCGGCUUUUUAAUGACAACGUGUCUUUUCUCAACUGAUACUGGUUUGGGUAGCUAUUGCUGUACUAUUUGGCAUCACUGGAAAACCCUGAAUUGCCAUUGACAGGUCGGAAAAUUUCAGCCGCAUUUCCUUGCCGAAUGAGAAUGUGUUGCAUGAAUGAGAUAACCAAGAGCAGGAUAAUUCAGUACCCUAACCAAUAAAAUCAAGAUGAGUUAGCACAGGGAUUUGAACAAUUAGUCUUAUCAAUCUAUGAUAUUCUAAGAUAGACGAAAGUUUUUGAGGCAAGAAGAAUGAUGUCAGUAGAACAACAUCCAGAGUACCCUGGUAUUGGCCACAUUGUUUUGCUCUUCUGUCAGAAACGAUGAAAGAAAACAGAGUGAUGAGUGUUAAUCCAUCCAGAAACCUUUUCGGUGAUCCAAUAUUCUGGAGGAAAUCAUGAUUGAGUAAAAUGCAGUGUAUCAUGCAUUUGUCUGACACCUUUUCGAUUUUGCUCAAUUAGCAUUUUUCCAAGAGUGAAAUAAAUAGACUUUGAGCAAGAGUUUUCGUGUUAGAGGCUCAAACCUAUUGGAUCAUUCCUAAUUCGAUUUUGCUUUCUUUCUCAGGAUCUUUGUCCUCCUUUUUAUAUUUUUUCAUUUGCACCGCAAGUGAAUGCCUUUCUUUUUUGGAAACUUUUUCUAAUCCUCUUUGUACAGUAACUGAUCUGUUUUUUGGAAUUGGUUCUCUUUCUUUUCUGAGAAAGAUUCUUUUUACUCUUGUCCUAAUUAGAAUUUUGUAAAAGUGUCUGGUGCAGUCUUGAUUAUUUAGCUAUUUAGUAGUAAAACACUGUAUUAAAUCCCUCUGAAAGAGUUACUGGAGCAGUUUUCUCAUGCUGAAAAACUGGGGACACAAACAUAGCGUUCAGUGGAACAGAACCAAGUGACUCUGUAAAAAGAAUGAGGCAAAGAUAGUUUAAAACGUUUUAAAAAGGACAUUUUCUCCCACUAGAAACUUCAAGUCCUCUAUGUUUCAAGUACAUGAAUAUCACUUAAAGUUCUUUUUUAAGGAAAUGUUGGUUGGACGACAACAACAUCUUAAAUGAUUCAAAGAUGUUAGGUUUGAAAAAAGUGUUGCAAUGACAGGAAAUGUACGUAACUAUAUCAUAACACUUUGUUUUUCACACGUAGGAAUGAAACCUCAAACCUCUUCUUCUUUCUUCUUUCUUCUUUCUUCUUUCGGAGGAGAGAAGAGGUUGUAGAAGAGGUCACUUGGUUUCUCUUGUUUAAUGGUGCCUUUUUUUUUUCUUGGGCAAAGAAUCUCUAAGUUUUUCUCGUGAUAAUUCUUGUGAGUAUCAAUUACACCAGAAAGCAUCCUGCAUUCUAGUUUCUGAUUUUUCCAAGCAAUUUAUAAGUACUCUUAAAAAAUCAAGGGUCUUCCCAUUGUCACCAUUCAAAGUAAUUAUGGCACGCAGAAUUUUACCAAAUUUCCAAGAAAAUUAUUGAUUAAAUCAAUCAAAAACUACCUUCUCUCUACGUAUCCAAAUUUUACCUCCCCGAAUAAGCCCAACCUAACAGAAAACGUAGUCCAGAGACCGCUGACUUUAAACAUUUCUGCUGUGGUUUAGGAACUUUAAGGAAUAUUUCUUCAAUGUAUUCUAUAGUGACAAAUAGACAAAGCAUUUGUGAUAAAAUCUUCUCUCUCUCUUGAAGGGUUUGAUUUUCAAUUUCAUUUGUAAUUGUUACUUCAGACCAGCCCAAUUUAUUUUCCCUACUCUCUUCAAGUUCGUUCAAAGGAUGCGUCAUAAAGGGGCGUAAGAUCUAGUCCUGUUCAUUUCUAAUCCUGCAUCUGUGCACAAUGAUCAGCAAAAUAAAGCACAUCCCAAGUUUUUGGCUUUUUUUAAAAUGCUUAUUACAUCUGAAAGUUGUCAUAUGGCUGAGAACAGGGUAAUUUUUUUCUUCUUGUUUCUCGACUGCAAUGAAAACCAAUGAGUAAAUUCUCAUCUUUUAAAGAAUCAAGUCAGAUCUUCGUAUGUGUUUAAAGGUUCAUUGUCAAAAAGUAUCAUACCUCAGACAUUUCCAUUAUCUGACCGAUUGUUUUUAUAUCCACCAACUUCAGAUGCUAAUUUUUCUUCCUCAGAAAUUACCAUUUAAAUAUAUUAAUUUUGAUUUCAUAAAGCUUAGAGGAUCCAUCUUUUCUUGAAAAAAGGCAUAUCCACGAAAGUACUGAAAUGGACCUUAUCGCUUCUAUAGAAUUGCCUUCUUAGAUGGAGUCAUGCAUUUAAAGUGUGCAAUAUUUGCAAGCAUGUAGCUUAGCCCCAUCUCUCACUUGGUCAGGUAGUGGAUACUUCACUUUACUUUGUUGAGGUUUUGUAAUUUCCAAAAUUUUUAGGUCUCCUCCAGAAGUUUUACCUUACGUGUAGCUGGUGCAAAGAAUUGAACUUCUCUUUUAUUCGCUUAGUUUCACUUACUGGAGUCACCAAUCUGGAAUGGUGAGAAGGUGCAACUUUUAGUUUACUUUUUGCGUCAAUUUGUUUCAAUUUGUAGUCAUUUUCAAGGUUAAUUGGAAGUUUUGGAACUGUUGGACAAACUUCAAUGAAACUUCAUUUUUUGCUGUUUUUGUGUUCCAUUCUUUAAGUACCCAAGUUCAAUUUUGGACUCGGCUAUUAAUCAGCAUAUCAAAAUUAAGCUAUGUGAAAAAUUAUUUUUUAAGAAGACUCUGGCCUCAUUAUAGCAUUUUGUUCUUUUCUACGGAGUUCAAAACUUCUCUUUCAAAAAUUCUGCUGAAGAGCGGAAAGAAUGAAACCAUUCAAUAUCUUGUCUUUCAAUUCUCUUCUGCAGCUAGGGUUUUAUAGUAAAUUGAAGAAGACGCUAAAGGGAGCCAGGGAUGUUAAAACUGGGUUUGAUCUGAAGUCAAUAAUAACAGAUGCAUUUAAAGAUGAAUAGCAUUUUAUUGUUUUUCGUAUCAAUCCCAUUGUAUCACACGAGUUGUUGUUUUUUCUUUUUAUUUUCUUCCAUUUUUUCACCUGUUUCUUUUCUUACAUGAAACAAUGGACUUUUGGAAAUGAAGUUUUUAUUCAAAUUGUUAAUAAUUACAAACUUUAUGUACAA